AUGCUGCCAGCAAGGCUAAUAGUUGUGUUGUUGGGAAUUACGUUCGCAACAUCAUUUCAAUAUGGGUAUCACUCCGCAGUCAUUAAUCAACCUUUGCAUGAGUCUGGUGAACAUCCCCUCGAAAAAGUGAAGUUCAUUGCAGAUUUUAUUGGGAAUAUCAGUGAAUCCCGAUAUGGUGUGAGUAACGAGAGCUACAAGACCACGGUGGCGUCGAUCUGUGUUACGUCCUUCAUUGUUGGUGGGCUGGUUGGGGCUCUUUUCAGCGGCAUUAUUAGCAACAAACUUGGCCGAAAAAAAGCAAUACUAUUUCUAACCAUUCCAUGUUUAACUGGAACCGUCCUCGUCAUGAUGUGUAAUCUGACUCGUUCGUUCGAAAUCAUAAUUAUUGGACGGUUUCUCAUUGGAUUCUCAUGUGGAGCUUACACCGCUAUUGCACCUAUUUAUUUAUCCGAAGUCACUCCGGUGUCUCUGAGGGGGAUGGGUGGUGUGUUAAACCAAGUAAUGAUCGUCGUUUCCGUGGUGAUCUCACAAAUGCUCGGAUUACCGUCAAUAAUGAAUACGGAUGUCUUAUGGCCGUAUCUCCUGGGUAACAAUCCGACUUCGUUUUCAAUGAUUCCAUGGGCAUUAAUUAACCCUGAAGACAUUCUUCAUGAACUGGAUGAGUUUGCUAAAGAGUUAGACGUGACGUCAGGCAAAGCAGGGUUGCUGGAUAUUCUGAGAAAGCCACACCUCCGGCUGGCACUUCUAAUAGCCCUAACUGCUCAUUGCGGCCAACAGUUAUCUGGUUUUAAUGGACUUCUGUUCUAUUCGGUGGAACUUUUCAAAUCCAACGGCCUCAGUGCUGCAGCAGCCAAUUACGCAACGACUGGCAUCGGUUGUGUUCUACUUGGCGUAACAAUUAUUUCUAUAUUCGUAAUUGAUCGAGUUGGCAGACGCGUGUUGCUGAUUUGGGGGCUAUGUGUUGUGCUUACAUGCCUACUAAUUUUCACACUGUGUAUGGCUAUCAAGGAAGCUUUUCAAAUGCCAUGGUUAGUUAACGUUGCCAUGGCAUCUGUAUACGUAUUUGUUUGUGGGUUUGGCGUUGGUGCAGGCUCAAUUCCUUGGUUUUUGGUUGUCGAAAUGUUCUCCCAAGAUUACAGAGAUACCGCUACGGCUAUUGGUGUUGCAGUCAACUGGACGUGCAUAAUUAUCAUUGGUCUGGGGUUUAUCCAACUAAUUAAAUACGUUGGUGUGUAUGCGUUUCUGCCCUCGGCGUGUAUUGAAGCAAUCGUGAUCCUCAUCCUUUACAAAUACAUGCCAGAGACAAUGGGUCGUACACCGACGUCCAUUGAAGCCGAGUUGAAAUGCAAAGUCUCAGUUAACAGAGCGUCACAUAAUGAACCACAAGUCCAGGAAUUCGUCCAGUUGGAAGAAGGUAUGACCGGUGUUGUGAACUCGGAACAAAAGUGUUGAACCUGAAAAAGACCAAUCGCCCGGGUCAGUUUUGCUAUCUAAUCUCAUUUUUGCAUUUGUCCAAUUUUACAAAGUCUACCCUGCUUCUUUCGUGACACUUUAUAUAUUUCUUUAUUUUUAUUGUUCUUUAUUGUUCGUUAUUCUUUCACUGCUUUCGUGAACAAGUUUCAACAAACCAGAGUAGUUAUUGCUUUUCAUCUCUAUCUUGGUUCUAUUUAUACGCUGCAAGUCCUGGGUGUUUUCUUACAUUGAAACAACUCGUCCUAGAAACCUUGAUCACAGUAAUGAAAUUUUUUCACAGUAAUCUCUUUUGUUACGACACAAUUAUUCUAAAGACUUGUUCAUCCAUUGCCUCU